AUGGCAUUCUAUCAACCGGCGAAUGUGUUUUCUACACCAGCGCCUAUGUCAAUGCUUCCUCCUCCGGCCGCAGUACAGCCAUAUACACCCACUCCACCCAUGGGCAUAUCGGCAUUUGCUCCCUCUUCUGUUGAUCCAUUAAUGAUGCAACAACCUGGUGGUUUUCCGCCACCACCACCACUCCCCCCACCAGGAGGCACGCCAAUGGACAUGAUGAUGGCACCACAGCCGCCACCACUGUACCCUUUACAACCACCACAUUUUGUACCAGGCUUUAUAGGGCAGCAACUAAGCUGUUGGCGGGAAUGUGUCGGCUGCCUAGCAAUAGCACUAUGUUGGUGCUUUCUGUGUGACGAUUACGAGCCUGAACAGGUGUACCAAUAG